CAGACCAAAUGGCGUGGUGGCCGCUCGCUGCCGCGCCCCGCCGCCUCCGCAGACUCGUCGCCGUCGCAUUCUUCUCCGCAGCGCCCUCCCACGGCUGCCCGCUCCACGCCGAGCUCGCGCGCCGCGGCGCCCCCGCGGCCGCCUCGCUCGCCCUCUAUUCCCGCAUCCGCGCCGCCACGCCGCCCACCGCCUACACCUUCUCCCUCCUCCUCGCCUCCCUCGCUUCGUCCGCCUCCGGCGGCUGCACCCGCCUGGCCGCGCCCGUCGCCCACGCGCACGCGCUCAAGUGCGGCGCGCUCGCGCACCCCGUCGUCACCAACUCCCUCCUCAAACUCUACUGCGCACUCGGCCUCCUGCCCCACGCGCGCAGGGUGUUCGACGACUCGGGCGCCGCUCUGGACGCCGCCUCCUGGAACACCAUGGUGUCCGGCUACGGCAAGAGCGGCGACCUGGCAGCGGCGCGGGAGGUGUUCGGCAGAAUGCCCGAGCGGAACCUGGUGUCCUGGAGCGCCAUGAUCGACGCGCUUGUGCGUGCCGCAGAGUUCGACGAAGCGCUGCGGGUGUUUGAUCGGAUGAUGGGGGAGGGUUUCAAGCCAGAUGUGGUGGUGCUGGUGAGCGUGCUCAAGGCGUGCGCCCAUCUCGGUGCCGUCGAGAGGGGUCGCUGGGUCCAUGGGUAUCUGGAAACAGAGGGGUUUGCAGGGAUGCAAAGGAAUGUCAUGGCCGAGACCGCCCUGGUGGACAUGUACUGCAAGUGUGGGUGCAUGGAGGAGGCGUGGCGUGCUUUCGACUCUGUUCGCUGCCGUGACGUUGUGCUGUGGAAUUCGAUGAUCGGAGGGCUUGCGAUGAAUGGCCAUGGUGAGCGUGCACUAGAGUUGUUCCAAAGGAUGCUCGGAAACGGCUUUGUGCCAAACCAGUCGACGUUUGUCGCUGCUUUGUGCGCGUGCACCCACUCAGGUCGUCUGGAGGAAGGGAGGAAGAUUUUCCAGUCGAUGCGGCACCACGGGAUUGAGCCACAGAGAGAGCACUAUGGGUGCCUAGCUGAUCUCCUUGGGCGUGCGGGACAUGUUGAGGAGGCUGAGACUGUCUUGUUGGAUAUGCCAAUGGAGCCACAUGCGUCGCAAUGGGGUGCGCUGAUGUCGUCAUGCCGGAUGCAUAAUGAUAUUACUGUCGGCGAACGUGUAGGGAAGCGGCUCAUUGAGCUAGAGCCACAACAUGGUGGGCGUUAUGCUGUUCUGUUCAACUUGUAUGCAGUCAAUGGUCGAUGGGAAGAUGCAAGAGCCAUUCGGCAGAUGAUGGUGGAGAAGGGAGCCAAGAAAGAGCUGGGUUUCAGCUUCAUGGAGUGAAAUGGUUGCUCCAUGAGUUUCACCCUGGACAAGGCAGAUCUAUGCACUCUUGGUAAGAUACUAAUGUCUCAUACUGGUGUAGGUGCUUGUGAGUGAGCAAGACGAGGGAUCCGCUUCGAUGUCGACAAUAGUACCUUCUCUGUCACUUGUGAGGCUAUCUAUGGCAGCUUCAUGUCCUCCGGUGGAAAGAGCACAAGCUAGUCAUGGCCUCAUGGGAACCCCAUCACGCCUUUUCUGCACAUGUUAAUGUUUAUUCUUCUGCUCCAGUUACUACCUGCAGCGACUGCUGGCGCUGUUAAAGUGCAACUUAUUCUUGCAUAAAGCAAGAGCCUGGAGAAGAGAGUGGCAUAUGCACCUCAAUAAUGCUUGUCAGAUAAGCUACAGAAGCUUAUUUUCAAGAGAUGAUUAUGUUCCUCCAGCACCUCCCGACCAGGAACUGGGCGCGCGCCACGAGCUCCGAGAUGGUCCUCUCUGGGGCAUACAUGUGGCACGCGAUCUUCAAGAGCUUGCCUGGCAAUCUCGCCAGCUAGGAGGACUAUGCGGCUGUUGAUCAUGCCUGGGGGCAGUCCAGUUUCCGUUGUACUGUAGACUCACAUAUUCCCUUCAGGGAGGGAUCUUGAGGGAAUUUUUAUGUUUGUUUUGAGUGCUGUUAUUAACAUUUGCUCCGAUUUGUAUAUCUUGCUGUGAUAAUGAAUAGAUAUGGCAUUGGCUCUCAGUUUCUUCGUAUUGCUCACAAAUUUGGAGGCAUGUUCCCGGUCGAGUUUGUGACCGUUCACAGUAUAAAUUAGCUUGCUUGAUGGCCAGCACCUUAAUUUU